UCUAUGAUGAUCACGUGAUUUUUGGUGUACACACAAAUGCGUUCAGUUGUGUGCUGAAGAAAUGGCGGACAAGGACGAUAAUGAGAAGACCAUCGCCGAAGACUUGGUUGUCACCAAGUAUAAAAUGGCCGGCGAGCUUGUAAACCGUGCUCUGAAGCAAGUUUUGGAAAAAUGCGUAGCUGGUGCAUCGGUGAGAGAAGUUUGCGAAUAUGGCGAUAAAUUACUCUUUGACGAGACGAGUAAAGUAUUUAAAAAGGAAAAAGAUUUAAAGAAGGGAAUUGCAUUUCCAACGUGUAUAUCGGUGAAUAACUGUAUAUGCCAUUUUUCUCCAAUUGCCAGCGAACCGGAUCUUAUUCUCAAAGAGGAGGAUAUGGUUAAAGUUGAUCUUGGAGCACAUAUUGAUGGUUUUAUCGCGGUAGUUGCACAUACAUUCGUAAUUGGCUCCUCAGCUGAAAAAAAGGUCACUGGACGAAAAGCUGACGUCAUUUUGGCUGCACAUUAUGCUUCUCAAGCUGCAUUGAGGCUUCUUAAGCCCGGCACUGAGACGUACACGAUAACAGGAACGGUGGAAAAAAUUUGCGAAGCUUACAAAUGUAAACCCAUUGAAGGUAUGUUGAGCCAUCAAUUGAAGCAGUUUAAAAUUGACGGCGAGAAGACAAUUAUUCAAAAUCCAAAUGACGCGCAAAAAAAGGAACACGAAAAAUACACUCUUGAAACGCACGAGGUUUAUGCUAUGGACGUAUUGGUGAGUACUGGCGAUGGCGUUGGACGGGAACAAGAUACACGCGUGACUAUUUACAAGAAAACUGAGGAAACGUAUCAAUUAAAAUUGAAAGCAUCUCGCAUGUUCUAUUCAGAAGUGACUCAUAAACAUGGUCUUAUGCCAUUUAAUCUUCGUACUUUUGAGGAUGAAAAGAAGGCAAAAAUGGCGGUUGUUGAAUGUGUCAAUCACAGACUCAUCGAGCCUUUCCAGGUUUUGUAUGAGAAGCCGACCGAAUUUGCAGCGCAAUUCAAAUUUACAGUACUUUUAAUGCCGAAUGGACCCCAUAAAAUUACUGGAUCUCCAAUCGAUCUCGACUGUUAUCAAUCGGAAUGCGUUGUCGAGGAUCCCGAAUUGAAGUCGUUGUUGCAAUCAUCGGCAAAUCCAAAAUCCGCUAAGAAGAAGAAAAAGAAGGCGGAAAAGGCAGUGGGAGAGAGCAGGGAAGCUGUCAAUAAUCCUCCUGUGAUUGAGAAUAAUGCAAUGGAGUCAAUGGAAGUUGACGCUAAGGCCUAACACAAUAUUGUCUAGCUAAAGCAAUGCAGAAAUAAGAGAGUGAUGCAGGAUGCCUUCGCGGAAGUUCGCGCACCUUCUUCGUCCCUCCUCCUUCUCAGAAAAUAAAGUCACUUUGGAUAAUUGAAAAAAAAAAAAUGGAAAAAGUGAUUUUCCCUAUAAGAAAGUUAUAUUCCGUCGAAUCUGCGAAUAUUCCGAUCAUCUCUGCGAUUGAAAAAAAAAAAAGAAGAAGCCACUUGUGUCUGGUAUUGUGUGUACUUGUGUUCGCAGAAGUAUUGAGUCUUUUCUCUCUACUCGAUUUAAUCAAAUCCUUUUUUUCUAUGCAUCAUUUUUUUUUUUACAUACUUGAAUAUUAUUUCUCAAUUAUUUUCUUUUUUUCAUUUUAAAGAUGAAACAAAAAAAACUCCACUGCCAAGCGAAAUCAAUUUUGACGGGAAAAGAAUGUACUUUUGAUGAAAAAUAAGAAAAGAAAAAUACAUAUCCUUCUUGCACUUUGUGCUUUUUGAAGGGUAUAAUUAUUAUUAUUAUUAUUAUUAUUAUUAAUAAUAUCCGCCUUCCGCUUUGGUAUGUUAAUAUUUGAUAAUUCACUCGUUUUUUGAGAGUUGAAUAAAAAAUUGUUUUCGUUUCAUCCUUAGAAAUGUACCCUUCGAAAAAAUUCUCGCUCAUUCGUAUUUGCAACAAUUAUUAUUUUUUUUUUAUUAUUUAAAAAAAAAAAUCUUCAGGUUGGGAAAAAUCUGCCAUUUUCUCUUUUUUUUUGUAUAGAAAUUUAGAGAGAUUAAAAGAAACAAGUUUUUUGUGCAAAUAACAUUUUUUUGCACAAAAGAUAAAUAUUUACGAGAAAAAAAAUUUUUUUUUUUUUGUACACAAAUGAAAUUUUCUAUUGCAUUAGAAAAAAAAAUUGUUUUUAAAUUGCAUGCGAUUAGAUAAAAAAAAUUUUCGAAGGGUUUUUGAGGGGAAAGGAGCCAAUCGAACUUUCUAGAAAGAAAAAUGUUUUUGAAAACAUUAAAAAGAGAAAAUAAAAUCUCGCUUAACUCCCUUUCCUUCUUAGAUAUAAAUCGUUGAAUGAUUUUUUAAAGAAUUUUUGGUAAUAAACAUUUGCAUAUACGAAAAAAAAAAUAUAAAAACAAAAAAAAAACAAGAAAAGAAAAUAAGUCAUCUUUGCUUCCAUUCAUAACCAUGGAAAGUGAGGCAAGCUAUAGAAAAAAGAAAAAAAAAAACUGAAUUAACUAAUUUUUAAAUUAAACUUUUAAUAUUCUUUCUGUCAUUUGUUUUGUAAUUUUGUUUUUAUUCCUAUUGGGAAUAAAUUGCUGGACAGAUUUAUUAGAAAAUAAAAAAAGUAUAGCGAAAAAAAAAAUUCGCUAAAAAUAAUUGCUAAAUUCAUUGAAAAAAUUUAGAAAUACCUAUACUGUUGUAAAAAUUCUGUUUUUUAAUGGAAUUUUGUGGCAUAAUAAAUUUAAGUUUCGAUUUUACAAAUCGAAUUAAAAACAUAAAUUUUUGAUAAAUAGAAUUUUUUAAAAAAAUAGUAAAAUUCUAAUAAAAUGAAAUUUUAGAGGUGAAAAAAAGACAAACAGAAAUUCUAGUGAAAAUACAAAAAAAAAAUACUUUUUGAAUAAUGUAAACUUUCUUUUGAGGAAGUAGAAAAAAAUCUAAUUUAGAAGAAAUUUUUGGAAAAAUUGUUACAUGAGAAGAAAAAUUUGAUGAUAAAAAAAAGAAAUGUCUGUGAAAAUAAUUCGACGGUCCUUUUGAAAUUUUUGAGGACGUUUUACUGCGUAACACUUGACACGCUGUCCAGUACACUUAUAGGAAUGUGAAGAAAACAAAAAAAAAAAAAAAAAAAAAAGUGAAAUUAUAAAAUUCGUUUCAAUUAAUUAAUUAAUUACAGUAAAACGUGCAUUUUAUUAUGUAUCACUCAUCGAUAAUGCGUUUGCUGCGGUCCAUGAUCUCUGAUUGGAGCGAGGAUGAAAAAAAUACAGAAAUAUAGAACAAUA